CUCCUCGUUACUCGUAGUCUCGUACGGGGAUGAGCCACGGGUUAUACGGAGUAGGUACCGCACCGUCGUCCCUGGCAUCUUUGCCGCCGCCGCUUGCUCGUCUCGUCUGGUGUACUUUCUUGGUGGUGCUUUUGCUGUUGCUGGUUGCUCUUUCUCUCUCUCCCCUGGAUGGAGCUGGUUUGCGGCUUGCCUCUUGUGCUGCUCCUUUCCAUCCACACGUUUCUUCUCACGUUCUCGUCUCGUCUCGUCUCUCCUCCUCCUCCCCCGGUAUCCGUAUCCAUCCAUCCAUCCAUCCAGUAUUAUUCCAUUCACCUCACACCCCCGUCGCCCUGUUACGUUGGCCCGUUGUCCCGUCUGCCCGUUUCUUGUCUCUCCCGUCCCUCUCUCUCUUGACUCUUGCUCGUUUGUUCUGCCCUUUAUCCAGAGCCUGCCCCCCCUCCAUCUUCCUAUUUCCCAGGUCAUGUCCAUGUCGUCUGUUCUCAUCUGAAAAUGGCACGAGUGUCGACUGCUUCGCCUUUGCCGUAAAUUCUCUUUCUCGCCAUCCCGAUCCGAAAGCUGUCCGACAGGGUCCUGAAGCUUUCCUGUCACCGCGCAUCUUGCCUGCCGCCAGCCAGCUCACCCCCAAGCAAGCCAAGGUCGAUAAUACGUAAAAUACCGCAUCGCCCACCUUCGACCAACCAGUUCGUCCCCGGCGCAUCACCAUCACCAUCACCUACCCAGGUUCACCACCGAACCGACUCUUCUCUUUCCUUCUUCCUGUCCUCUUGCGACUGGACCUCAACUGCCUGUCGACCUCGUACGCAAUUGUGCGGCGAUAAUUUGAGUUCGAUUGGGGUUUUGUGUUCGUUGGGCCAAGUUCGACCACACUUUCCCUUCCUGCCUUCCAGCAGUCACCCUCUCUCGAAUUCACCACGUUGACGAAACCUCGUCACCACCACCCACCAAAACAAAAAAUUCGUCGAUCCUUCUUUUUUCGACGAAUCCAAAAUUUGGCUACACAGCGCAAAGUGUUAAUCGAAUAACGAAACCAUCCAUACCAUUACGAAAAUGGAUCGCGAUAGCAGAAUCAUCACCCCCCGCGAGGUGGAGGGCAUGAUUGCAGAUGGACGCACAAUCGUCAUUCUUGACGAAAUGGUUCUUCGCCUCGACGGGUGGAUGGGCAAGCAUCCUGGUGGCCAGUUGGCUAUCCUGCACAUGGUUGGAAGAGAUGCGACCGACGAGAUCAAAGUGUAAGAGGCUCGACUUACCUUCCAUGUCCAAUUAACCUUUGGGUGCAUCACAUCUGCCCCCCUCCCACCAUCUUCAGCUUGAGGCUGAGAACCCCCUCCGAAUCUGGACCCUUAUGCGGCGUGCCCCCAUCAUUCCCGCGGGUUCGGAUAAAUAAUCUGAAAAGGGGUGGGACGUCGGGAAAAAAGAAGCAUCCGGGAAUGCGAAAGCGACCGAGAUAAAAUCAGAAGUCUGGUUAAGCUUAUUUUUCCACAUGGUCCAAAUGGUGGGAGAAGGGGGAAAGGGCCAAUUAAUAUUUCGGAUUCGCUGGACAUUCGGACUCCGUUAUUGCUGCGUUAAGUGGAAUUAGUGUGCUGACAUAUCGCUUUUGACAGGUACCAUUCGGCUGCCACACUCAACACCAUGAAGGCCUUUCGGAUCGGCCGGAAACCUGCGGGUCCCUGGAUCAACAUGACACCACCAAUUAGGGGCGGCGUCUACACCAAGCAAGAGACCACAACACCCGCAUCUGCACCCAACGCUGCCGGUGCUACUGCAGAUGAUGCCACGGACGCUGCCGUCGACUGCCCCUCGUCCGAUCUCGAUGAAGAUGACUCCGCCGACGAUGCCGUCUCCGAUGUAUCUGGCGGGAGCUCCCGCACGUCCCUGACUUCCGAAUGCAGCAGUGCAGAGGUCGAGACCAAGCCCGAGCCCCAGACUGAGACGGGCAUUAGACGUCGUCUUGCUGCACCUGCAGACCCAACCGACGAUGCCCUCGCCGCCGGCCCCGGUCUGUCGGGCCGGAGCCGCAUGACCGCCGACCAGUACACCGAGUGGUCCAUCCAACAGAACAUCAACAAGGAUCUCGACGAGUACCCUUCUCUUGACCCUGCCGUUCAGCGCGAUAUCCAGGAAAAGUACCGCCUGCUCCAUGAGCGUAUCAAGGAUGCUGGUCUUUACGACUGCCCCUACUUGGACUAUGGCAAGGAGAUGUGCAGAUACUCAACUCUGUUCGCCCUCUUCCUCACUGCUCUGCACUUUGAGUGGUACAUGACCUCGGCCUGCUUCUUGGGUCUCUUCUGGCAUCAGAUCAUGUUCUCUGCCCACGACGCUGGACACGGCGCCAUCACCCACAACUUUACCUUUGACACCCUCAUUGGUCUCUUUGUUGCCGACUUCUGCUGCGGCCUUUCUAUGGGAUGGUGGAAGAGCAGUCACAAUGUCCACCAUCUCAUUACCAACCAGCCUGAGCACGAUCCCGAUAUCCAGAACGUCCCUCUCUUCGCCACCUGCCCUUCUUUCUUCAAGUCCAUCAAGUCGACUUACUAUGACGGCUUCGUCUUCGUCUGGGAUGCCGCGGCCGAUGUUCUCGCCAAGUACCAGGCGUACACCUACUACCCCGUCAUGGGCAUCGCUCGCUUCAACCUCUACCUUCUCUCCUGGCUUCACGUCCUGUCCCGCAGAUCUUCCUCCCUGGGAGCCUCCAAGGCUUGGUGGAUUCGCCCGACUGAGAUCGCCUUCAUGGCUUGCUUCUGGUACAUCUUUGGCUGGCGUCUGAUUCUCAACACUCUUCCCACCUGGCCCAUCCGCGUCGCCUUCGUUCUGGUCUCCCACAUUAUCACCAUGCCUCUGCAUGUUCAGAUUACCCUGUCUCACUGGGGCAUGUCCACCUCGGACCUUGGCGAGUCCGAAUCCUUUGCCCAGCGCCAGCUUCGCACCACCAUGGACGUCGACUGCCCCGCCUGGUUGGAUUUCAUCCACGGCGGUCUUCAGUUCCAGGCCGUGCACCACCUCUUCCCGCGCGUCCCGCGGCACAAUCUCCGCAAGGCGCAGGUCUUUGUCAAGGAGUUCUGCAAGGAUACCGGCAUCCCUUACUCCAUCUUGGGUUUCGUUGAUGGCAACAAGAAGGUCAUUGGAAGACUCGAGGAGGUCAGCGAUCAGCUUCGUACACUUCUCAACUGCCAAAAGUUCAUGGCGGAGACGGGCGAAAGCGCCCUGCAUUAGACACAGC